UUUCAUCAUCACCGCUAUUUCAAUCAACAACAACACCAAAAAACAGAAUCACACAAGAAACAGAGCCAUGAGAUCAACUAAUAACCUUAUAGGUCUCGUAAACUUCUUCACUUUCCUCCUAUCUAUUCCAAUCCUCGGCGGUGGAAUAUGGCUGAGCAGCCGAGCUAACUCAACCGACUGCCUCAGAUUCCUCCAGUGGCCACUCAUCGGCAUCGGAAUCUCAAUCAUGGUCGUUUCUUUAGCCGGAAUAGCCGGAGCUUGUUAUCAGAACAAGUUCCUCAUGUGGCUUUACCUUUUCGCCAUGUUCUUAGUAAUCGCUGCUCUCAUCGGUUUCAUCACCUUCGCUUACGCUGUCACUGAUAAAGGCUCAGGCCGGUUCGUGAUGAACCCGGUAUAUCUCCGUGAUUAUUCCGGUUGGUUAAAGGAUCGUGUCACUGAUAAUGGUUACUGGAGUGGAAUCAGAUCGUGUGUUAGAGAUUCUGGAGUUUGUAAGAAGAUUGCUAGAGAUUUAAAUGGUGUUCCUGAAACUCCUCAGAUGUUUUACUUCAGAAAGCUUACUCCUAUUGAGUCGGGAUGUUGCAAGCCGCCAACAGAUUGUGGCUAUACGUAUGUGAACGAGACGGUUUGGAUUCCGGGAGGUGAAAUGGUGGGACUGAACCCGGACUGUAUGUUGUGGAACAAUGACCAGAGAGUACUCUGUUACCAAUGUAGCUCUUGUAAAGCUGGUGUUCUUGGUAGCUUGAAAAAGAGUUGGAGAAAAGUAUCGGUGAUCAACAUAGUGGUUUUGAUCAUACUUGUUAUCUUCUAUGUCAUCGCCUACGCUGCUUACCGGAAUGUUAAGAGGAUUGAUAAUGACGAAGCGGUUGGUGAGGCAAGGAUGACCAAAUCCCAUCCUAGUCAUUUUCAAAUUUGAUGAGAUUUUAGUUUAGUUGUUUUCGGAGUUACUCUGUUAUGGUUUAUGUUGUUCUAUUACUUAUACGUGUUGUUUUCUUUGGAUAUGUAACAUAUACAUGAUGAUGGUCGCUCUUGUAUAUUUUUGUGUUGCGAUUAGUAUACAAUAUUAUUACUGCUUAAA